AUGGAAGAUGCAUAUCAACCUGUUCAGUGGCUCCAAUUGGAACAAUCUUCUGCUCCUGAAGACAUUUUUGGAGAGCCUGUAACAAAGACCAGAAUUGGAGAUGAAUACCAGGCACAAAUCCCUCAUUUGAUGACAGAAAACGAGCGUUUGCAACUCAUAGUAUUGCCAUCUUCUCAUGAUAGAGAGAUUGAUAUUGAAGAGAAACUUAUGUUUGGCCACUCAAUUCCGGUGGCUUGGAUUCAAGAUCAACCUAAGAGCAAAGGAAAAAGCAUCAAAAAUCAAGCCAAAGCAAAGGGUAAAUCUAGUUUACUUCCGGUUCCAGUUUCAUCAAUUGAAUCUUUGAGCCCAUAUGAACAUCAUAGUUUUGUUCUUGCUUUAUAUAUAUUUGGCAAGAAUUUUGGUGUUGUGAACAGAUUCAUAGAUGAACACAAAAAAUGGUUAAGGUAUAAGAAAAUGAAGGGAAACAAAAUGACCAUGCCUGGGAAAAUUAUUUUCAGUGAUUGGAGGCAAGAUGAGCUUUUCUUUCGUUUAUUUCCUCGUGUCACGGACACAAGCAUAACUAGUUUGAAACAGGCUAGCAAAAUGUAUGAAGAUGGAGUAGUCUCGUUUGAGAGAUAUGUAUUCAGUGUAAGGGAUAUUGUGGGCACUGAUCUUCUUAUAGAAUCCAUAGGCAUUGGUAAAGGAAAGCGAGAUCUUAGUGACCGCAGAGCAAAGAAACCGGUGAAAAAAAGGAUUCUUCACCCUGAAUACUCAUCUCUUAACACAGAACAAAUCAUCGAUCUUUUGAAUUACCAGGGGGAUGAAUUAAACAAACCGAAAUUAAGUGAAGUUUUCUGGGAAGCUGUUUGGCCUCGGCUUUUAGCAAGAGGAUGGCACUCGGAGAAGACUAUAAACUAUGCCUUCCAAAACUCCAAGAGACCGUCGGUGUUUCUUCCACCUGGCAUCCAAAAGUUUUCUAGAAGGGCACUAGAAAAAGGAGUCCAGUAUUUUGAGUCUUUUAAGGAUGUUCUGGAUAAGGUUGCAUCAGAGCCCGAGCUUCUUGAACCUGAUGAAGCCGAACCUAUCCCAGACAGCCCGGUGAACUCACCUGUGAGACAAGAUGAUAUUCAAUGUAGAAUUGUGGACGUGAGUUUCGCCCAUGAGGAGGAUGGGAUUGUUAAAACUACUAAACUCAGAAGUAUGAUGUCUGAUACUGAAUCUGAUACAGAACCUACUGAUCAUGUGCAAGACUCGUUUUCAUCUUGUGUUUCAGGAGAAACCAUACAAGACUACUCCAACAGCCCUGCAGCCACUCAUGAUUCAGAUGGAGGUAUUGUUUUGCAUGAAACGCUAACCAACCAACCUGAUCAUCAGUUGAAGGAUAUUGAUGGUGCUGAUACAGAUCAAGAGGUUGUUCCGAAUGCAAGAAACCGUGUGCCGACUGCAAAAGCAUUGGAAGCUCUCUCUACCGGAUCCAUGAACCCAAAGAAGAAGAAAAGAGACAUCGAGGACGAGACCCCAAGGCAAGUUCGUGCAAAAACUGCUACUGAUUCAGGUCCUACAGGAAAUUAA